AUUUGGUUAGUCUGCAACUGAUAGCGCUGCCAAAAUGAGUGGAAGUGCUCCUAGUUCCAUACGACCGCUGCCGCCGGGCCUGCAAAAAGUGGCCAUCGAGGAGCUGAACGAGGUGCCAAGUCGAGUGGAAUCGGACAUUGCUGCUCUAAAGGAAUGGCUGCAGAAGCAGCCUCAUCUCUGCGCCUGUCACGAGGAUCAGUUCCUGCUGAGCUUCCUGAGAGGAUCGAAGUUUAGUCUGGAGAGGGCCAAGCAGAAGAUUGAUCGAUUCUACAGCUUGCAAGGGGUUAUUCCGGAGAUUUUCAACGAUCAGCGAUUGGUGGACAAUGACCAAGUGCUGGAGAUUAUUCGAUUGGGAGUGAUCUUGCGCAUUCCCCUCGAUAGAGAGGAUACUGGUCCAGCCGUGACUAUAAUUCGAGCUGGCUCCUACGACAUCAGCAAGUUCAAGUUCCAGGACAUCAUACGCGUGGGCUCCAUGUUUGGAGAGAUCAUGAUGCUGGAGGAUGACAAUGCCUCCGUCAGUGGCUACCUGGAGAUCAUGGACAUGAGUGGAGUGACGGGUGCCAAUCUGUUUGCCCUCCAACCCCAGCUCCUCAGCAAAUUCUCGGCCUAUGCGGACGAGGCAAUGCCAACGCGCCAGAAAGGAAUCCAUUUCAUCAAUGUGCCAAAGGCAUUCGAGACGGGUUUCAAAUCUCUGCUUGGAUGGUUUCCGGACAAAAUCAAGGAGAGGGUUUCCGUUAGCUCCGAUCCGGAUGCAAUUUUCGAGCGAGUUCCUAAGCACUAUCUUCCCAUAGAGUACGGUGGUUCCAAGGGAAGCAUGAAGGAUAUCACCACGCAGAUGGAGGCGAAGCUCUCUAGCUAUAGGAGCUACUUUGAGGAUUGCCAGCAUUUCGGAAGCAAUGACAAGUUGCGCGAGGAAGGCGCAGUGCUGAACCCAGAAGAGAGUCACUUCGGUCUGGAUGGCUCUCCGCCAGUUGGUCAUCGACUGAAUCGGUUAAACUGUUACCCGUACUCUUACCUGGGCCAUAAACCUAAACCUAAAAUAAAUGCUUUCGAUAAGCUCUGCCUUUCUCCUUGGCGACUACUUCAAUGGGCGGUUAUCAGCUUUUGGUCGAUAGCUUAUCGAUUUCAGCUUGAAUUGCAAAUAGACAGGGUGAGAAAUCAACAUUCGUUCAUAGACCGCCAAGAGAAGACCACCAAGAUGCCGUCCAUCCGACCUCUGAGCCCCGAGCUCCAGAAGACCGCCAUUGAGAAGCUGAACGAGGUGCCCACCAAGUUGGAUGAUGACAUUGCCGCUCUGAGAGAUUGGAUUAAGCAGCAACCGCACUUAAAAUCCCGCACAGAUGAUCAGUUCCUGGUGAACUUCCUGCGCGGCUGCAAGUUCAGUUUGGAAAGGACCAAGGCCAAGAUCGACAGGUUCUACACACUGCGGACCAAGUACCCAGACUUUUAUCUGGCUCACAACGUCGAUGUAGACAAGGCACUGGAGAUAUUUCGAUUGGGCACCAUUGUGAUCCUGCCACGUCCUCUAAACGAUAAUGGCCCACGUCUGGCUCUGCUUCGCUUAGCGAGCUAUGAUCCCAGCAAGUACACCUUUCAGCAGGUGAAUCUGGCUGGUGGACUCAUGCAGCAGAUUAUGCUCGAUGAGGAUGAUGUGGCCAUUGUGAAUGGGUUGAUAUCCAUUCUGGACAUGUCCGAUGUCACCACCGGGCACUUCCUGCAGAUGACGCCGUCUUUCGCCAAGAAGAUGACCGUCUUCCAGGAAGAGGCCCUGCCCCUCCGACCACAGGGAGUCCAUUUCAUCAACACGCCCAGUGGAUUUGAUACCAUCUUCAACAUGAUCAAGCCCAUGAUGUCCAAGAAGCAACAGGGACGCCUCUACGUUCAUGGAACCAAGUGGGAAGCCCUCUACAAUCAGAUUCCCAAGCAGUAUUUGCCCGUGGAGUACGGAGGGGAGAACGGAUCGAUUCCGGAGCUGGUGCAGCAGUGGGAGCAGCGCAUUCUGGCCUACCGGAAUUACUGGGAGGAGGAGAAGAACUACGGCACCGAUGAAAGCCUCCGAGUGGGUCAGCCCGUGGACUUCGAGAGUCUCUUUGGACUGCAAGGCUCCUUCCGGCAAUUGAAUGUGGACUAAAGUGUCCGUCCCUUCGCCAAAUUGCUAAAAAUAGUCUUAGCCGUAGCUCUUAUCUUAGGUAACAAAGGUAAAGGUUGUACAAGAGUUUAAUCGAUUUUGAUAAGCAUAGCGAUAAGAGCAUAAAAUCAAACAAAAGCUUAACGCAGCCUGUAAUAAAGAUAGUUUUGCAUUCACUUA